UUUUAUAUGACAAAACAAACUUGCAACUCACUGCACAGAUUGAAAAAGCAUGAAAAGUGGCGAAUUGUUAGCAAUGUAUGCUCUGUUGUUACACCAUAAAAGGGAGUAGAGUUCCAUCUUCUGAUCUUGCACACUGAAACUCUUCUCUUCCUUACCAACACCACUUCUUGCACAGUCACAUUUGCUUGUUUAGGUGCUGAGAAUGUCAGUGACAUUCAUAUUCACACUUUCUGUUGCCAUACUAUGUGCUGCUUCAGCCUUUGCAGCAGUUCAACACAGAUCACCAGAAGUUUACUUGCAGAAUGGUAACUUUGAGGAGAAACCAGACCCCAGAUACCUCAAGAAAAGUAGACUCAUUGGGAAAUAUGCUCUUCCAAAAUGGGAGAUCAAUGGUCAUGUUGAGUAUGUGUCAGGAGGGCCACAACCUGGAGGCAUGUACUUCCCAGUUAGUGAUGGAGUGCAUGCUGUGAGGCUUGGAAAUGAGGCUUCAAUCUCACAAACUGUGAGGGUUAAGCCUGGGAAAUGGUAUGCUCUAAUUGUAGGAGCCUCAAGGACUUGUGCUCAAGAUGAGAUGUUAAGGAUCUCAGUGCCUCCACACUCUGGAGAUGUUCCUUUGCAGACCCUUUAUAGCCUCAAUGGUGAUGUUAUUGCUUGGGGAUUCAAGUCCAUUUCUUCUGUUGCAAAAGUGAUUUUCCAUAACCCUGGAAUUCAAGAAGAUCCUUCAUGUGGUCCACUGUUGGAUGCUGUUGCUAUUGCUCAGUUCAACCCUCCAAAGCCUACAAGAGAUAAUUUGGUUAAAAAUAGUGGCUUUGAGGAGGGUCCAUUCCCUAUUUUCAACACUUCAAACGGUGUUCUGCUACCUCCCAAACAAGAAGAUCUUGUGUCUCCACUACCUGGUUGGAUAAUUGAAUCCAUCAAAGCCGUGAAGUUCAUAGAUUCAAAGCAUUUUAGUGUCCCACUUGGACAUGGAGCAAUAGAGCUUAUUGCAGGCAGGGAAAGUGCCAUUGCCCAAAUUCUCAGAACAGUUCCCAACAAAGUCUACAACAUGAAGUUCACAGUUGGAGACGCCAAAAAUGCUUGUCACGGAUCGAUGAUGGUUGAAGCAUUUGCAGCAAAAGAUACCCUCAAAGUUCCCUUCAAAUCGGAAGGAAAAGGAAAAUUCAAGACUGUGAGCUUCAAGUUCAGAGCAAUUGAAAACAGAACUCGAAUAACAUUCUACAGCUCUUUCUACCAUACAAGAAUUCACGACUAUGGAUCUCUUUGUGGCCCUGUUAUUGAUCAAGUUAUAGUGUCUCCUGUUGCCUAAGCACUCUUUCUGCCAAACAUAGUAAUUUUUAGAUUUUGCAUUGUAUGUGGAGAUGAAAAAUAUUGUACCAGUCUUGCGACUGAAUUUGUCCCUUCCUUUUCUUCCUGUAAUACAAGUGAAUGAGAUCAAUUUCUAUGUUCACCACAAACCUUGAUAAAAUAAUGUUUUGGAGUUUGUAUUUCCUCAAAUAGGAUACUUGCAUCUGAUCAGUUGCAUAGCUUUGUGUUGGAAAUGUAACUCACAUCAAGUUGAUCUAUAAACUUAUUAUCUCUUGUGUCGGAUGU